AAAAAAGGAAAAAAAAAAAAAAAAAAAAACACUCAAACUUUGCAAAUCCCAGACCUGGAACCUUUCAAUUUCGGGCGGAGAGGUGAUUUUGCAAUUAGCAUCAAAUUAGGGAAGAAGUCUGAGAAGAAUCAUGAAGGUGGCUCCGAAGAUAGUAUUCCUGUUCAAAGACUCAGAUGGAUUUGCAACCGCUAUCGCUGAUGCUCUCCAUCCUAGCACUGCCUGCUCUUUCCACAGAUUAGAAGAAUCCUUCGAGCUAUCACUGGGCCGAUACGGAAUCCAAGAUCGUAAAGCGAAUGGCAAUCUAAUUCAUUUUAUCGACGACGAUAGCAAUUAUCAGGUGUCAAUGUUGCUCAUGGAGAAGUAUGAGCCACCAAUAUUGGCUUGUGCUUUAAGUGAAGUCUUGACCCAAAUAAUAGGGGAAGCAUCAGCAGGCCUACCAACACUUGUAGUUCCUUUUAUUGGCUCAUCAACAAAACUUAAAUGGGAGAGUAGAACCUCGACAACAAAUGAUAGCAAACUUUUACUGUAUGGUCAGCAAAUAGGUCCUGAAACAGAUGUAACUCAGUCAAUUGCUAGCAGAACUCAAAAGCCACCAUCAUCAUUGCAGGUUCAUUAUGAGCCUUUAGCCUGCUUCCUUCAGUUGGUUACUGUCUUGAAAUUGCCAACAGCAAUUGUUAUUGGGCAAAGAGGUCGAAGCAGUUCAGAUAAAGCUGCUGAAGAGGAUCUUGAGAUACUCUACGAGAUAGGAGGGCUCUUGGCAACCACUACUUGCUUGCACUUUGUGCGGGAGAAACUCAUCUGGAAUCCAGCAAAUGCAUCAAAGGGUGUAAAAGAGCCAUGGCGUGCACUGUAUGGUUGAACUCAAGUGUUCUUCUCAGCUUUAGAAAUUAGAAAUGGAGACAUUACCUGUGAUUUGAUGCAUCUGAUUGAAAAACUAAGGAUCCUUGUCAUGUUUGUUGAGAAAAUUCACAGACAUUGCUUAAAUGGCAAUCAAUUUAUCAAGAUGUUAAGGCGGUUGUGCUUUAGUCCC